CUUCUAAUUUCAAGAUGGCGAAUUCUGCGUGGAACUUGAAAUAAGCAAGGUUGAAAUCUUAAAAGAAUGGGUUACAUAAAUUUGUAUUUUUUAUAAAUCGUAAGAAAUGAAAACCUCGUCUCGAUACGAUCAAGAGAGCGGAGGCUGGAAUGCAAAGUUUGGAGAACAAACAAGAAAACAGAGGCAUCCAUUGCCAAAGCUUAUUGGCCUUCCUGCUAUUAACUACAAUGGUCUGAGGUGGUUGUGUGAUAUUGAAGGCCUUGGAGAGAGGGACAGGCCAUCCACAUCAGAAGCUCAUGAGUUAUUUUUAGCCAACUAUCCAAAGAUGUUCAACAAUCCCAGACAGCAAGCUUUAAACUUAUCUUUAAAUUCUACACAGCCAAGAAAGCUCAAUUUUGGUGAUGGCCAGUUACUUAAAGCUUCAGAAACCAAAAUACCACAUGACAAAGGGUUAUUUCCUCACUGGUGUAAAGGAUUUGAUGUUCCAGUAAGCCAUAACAUAUCAGAACACCUUUCCAAGCUUCAUAAACAUUCAGUCAUCACCAUGUCUGCAGCUGCCUUACUUGACAUGAGAAUAAAGUCUAUUAAGAGAGUGCUACGGAAACAACCCUUUGAAAGAAAAUCAAAGGAGAAUGAGGUGCUAUUAAAACACUUGCAGUACUUUCCAGAAAUAGCUGAGCAGGUCUCAAGACAUGUGCUUAAGGAACUAUGUUCAGUGGCACAGCUUGACAAAUGUCCUGAGGAAGAUUACACAGUAUUUGGGAACACAGGACUGCAUCUCAUCUUGCGUGGCAGUGUUAUGGUGCAGUCAUCACAAGCAUUCUCACCUGAACUUUCAAGAGAAGCAACUGAGGUCUCCUCUCCAUCACCCUCCUGUAUCCUUGAAGAAGAUGAGCUACAGAUUUCAGAAAAGCUCACUGUGGGCCAGUGUUUUGGAGUCCUAAGCAAAGUUGAAGAAAAGGAGGCAAACUCAAAACUUCUCUCUGUUGUCUCCUUGGAGCCAUGUGAGUUCUUGAAGAUUUCAACCAGUGACUAUGCUAGAGUUAUACAGAUAAUUCAAGCCCGAGAGGAAGAGCAGAAGUUGUCUCUAGCAAAGGUGUGUAAGCUGUUCAAUAGCUGGCCUCUGUUGUCACUCAAAAAAAUCGCUGGGCUCAUCAAGUGGAGAAAGUUCCCACCAGGUCAAGUUCUGGUGAGCGAAGGUGAAAGAUGUGAAGUGAUAGGGUUCAUCAAGAGUGGGGAGUGCCUUCUGAGACGUUACAUCAAUGUAGCACAUACAUUUCCAAACGGUAGAAAGGAGCAGCGUGUCAAGUCCGUAAUGAUUGGCAGACUGUCUCCUGGAGACUCGUUUGGUGAGAUAACAGUCCUGAAGGGCUUGCCAAUGCCAUGUUCAGUCAUCACAGACACUCAUGUACAAAUAGGCACCAUAUCUACACUCGAUGUCCAUGACUUGGAUGAGGUCACAAGGUCUCUUCUCUCGCAGUCCUAUUCAGUGAUGGAUGCCAAUUUAACAGAGGACGAGAUACAAAAAGAGUAUAUCGAACAGGAGAAAGAUAAGGAAUGGGUCAGGUUUAAGAACAAAGUCGUCGGCAAUGUGUUACACCACAGAGGCAUUCUUCCUGGUUACAGCAAGUGGAGCAGAAAUCCGUCACUUUUGGAGGUGUCAGAGAAAUGAACCAAAUUAGCGAUCACGUGUCCGAUUGACUUCACUGCCUUAGUUCUCUUUAAGCAUCAGAACGAGGACGUCAUUUUCAGACGGAAGGUCACGCGGAGUAGUCUGGGCGAGACCUUACACCGGCUUUCGGUAUUUGGAUUCCCCCUUCUC